AUGCUUGCUAUCCGUCCUGCUGUGCGGAGGGCCGUCGUGACUCAGUCGCUGCGUGCUAUCUCCGCACCGCAGGCACUUGCAUUGCGAGCUCUUUUGCCUAGCAGUGCUCAUCAAGUCCUGCGCUCACAGACAGCUACUUUGCGAUCCGGCGCUUCGUCUCAGAUCCGCUCAUACUCUCGUCCCGCUGACCCUCAGCUUUCGACCCGCUCCACCGUGGUGCAGUUGUUGAGCAAUAUCGGCUCCAAAAGAGAAGUCCAGCAAUAUCUCUCCCAUUUCACCUCCGUAUCUUCCCAGCAAUUCGCCGUCAUCAAGGUUGGCGGUGCCAUCAUCACCGAGCAUUUACAGACCUUGUCGUCUGCCCUCGCCUUCCUCAACCAUGUCGGCCUAUACCCCGUUGUUGUGCACGGCGCCGGUCCGCAAUUGAAUAAGAUGUUGGAAGAUGCUGGUGUUGAGCCUCAAUUUGAAGAUGGGAUUCGUGUCACUGAUGGCAAGACUUUGGCCUUGGCGAGGAAGCUCUUUCUGGAGGAGAACUUGAAGUUGGUUGAGGAACUGGAGAACAUGGGCGUGCGUGCUCGUCCCAUCACUACCGGCGUCUUCUCCGCGGAUUACCUCGACAAGGAGAAAUACAACCUUGUUGGCAAGAUCAACGGUGUUGAGAAGAAACCUAUUGAGGCAGCCAUUGAGGCGGGAUGUCUCCCAAUCCUCACUUCAAUGGCUGAGACUCCCGAGGGCCAGGUCCUCAAUGUCAAUGCCGACGUUGCUGCCGGUGAACUCGCCCGAGCUCUGCAGCCUUUGAAGAUCGUCUAUCUUGCCGAGAAGGGCGGUUUGUUCAACGGUGACACUGGCGAGAAGAUCUCUGUGAUAAAUCUGGAUGAAGAAUACGACCAUCUCAUGACACAGUGGUGGGUGCGACAUGGCACACGUUUGAAAAUCAAGGAAAUGAAGGAACUCCUUACGGACCUUCCCCGCACAUCCAGUGUUGCUAUCAUCCACCCAGCAGACCUUCAGAAGGAACUCUUUACCGACUCCGGAGCCGGUACUUUGAUCCGUCGCGGUAACAAGGUGCACAUCAAGUCUUCUCUUUCUGAAUUUGAGGAUCUUGCCGCUCUUAAAAACGUUCUUAUCCGCGACCGAGAGGGUCUUGAUGCCAAGGCUACUGUCGAUCGUUACGUUGAAGGUCUUGGAGAUCGUCCCUUCAAGGCGUACUUUGACGAGCCCAUGGAUGCCCUAGCUGUUGUGCUUCCUCAGCAGGACUCUGCUUUUGCGCAUUUGGCCACCUUCACGAUUACAAAGGCAGGUUGGCUUACGAAUGUUGCAGACAAUGUGUUCACAAGCAUCAAGAAGGACUUCCCUAAGCUUGUCUGGACCGUGAAGGCUGAUGACGAGAAUCUUACCUGGUUCUUCGAUAAAGCAGACGGCAGCCUGUCUCGGGAUGGCGAUGUCCUCUUCUGGUAUGGUUUGGAAGACGGCGACGAGGUCAAGCAGCUCGUCCUUGAAUUCACCAAGCAUGGUCGCCAAAUGUUCGGUGACUACAACCUCGAGGCGAGGCUACACCGUGCCGCCCAGGCAGCCUUGAAUAUUGGUGGCGGCGCUCAGCAGAAGCGCUCCUAUUCGACCUAUCGCGCCAAUGCCCUGCAGACCUAUCGUAAUGGAAGCCCACGCAUGACUGGCCGUCGAUCAUAUAGCACAAACCCCAACCCCCCCCUUGGCGAGAAGAACUUUUCCAAUACCCGUCCCUCCAAAGUUGCUCUAAUUGGAGCCCGUGGCUAUACCGGACAAGCACUUAUUAACCUUCUGAACGCUCAUCCAAACAUAGACUUGCGCCACGUCUCAUCUCGUGAACUUGCCGGAAAGAAGCUGGAAGGCUAUGACAAGCGGGAAAUUAUCUACGAGAACCUCAGCCCGGAGGAUGUUCGCCGAAUGGCAUCUAAUGGCGACAUUGACUGCUGGGUCAUGGCUCUUCCCAACGGCGUCUGCAAGCCUUUUGUCGAUGCAGUGGACCAAGGAGCUGAAAAAGGUGGUUUGAUUGUCGACCUCAGCGCUGACUACCGCUUUGACUCUUCUUGGACCUACGGUCUGCCUGAGCUUGUUAACCGUUCCACUAUUGCUAGGGCCACCCGUAUUGCUAAUCCCGGAUGCUAUGCCACUGCUGCCCAAAUUGGAAUCGCACCCUUGGUACCUCAUUUGGCCACAGAGCCCACCGUAUUUGGCGUGUCGGGCUACUCAGGAGCCGGCACCAAACCUAGCCCCAAGAACGAUGUUAACGUGUUGACCAACAACAUUGUUCCUUACAGUUUGACAGAUCAUAUUCAUGAGAGAGAGAUUAGCGCUCAGCUUGGCACCAGCGUCGCCUUUGUUCCUCACGUCGCUGUUUGGUUCCAAGGUAUUCAUCACACUAUCAGCUUGCCUCUCAAGGAGGAGAUGUCCUCACGGGAUAUUCGCAAUCUGUACCAAGAUCGUUACGCUGGUGAGAAGCUGGUCAAGAUUGUUGGUGAGCCACCUCUCGUCAAGAAUAUCGCUGGUCGUCACGGCGUCGAGAUUGGUGGCUUUGCCGUGCACUCGAGUGGCAAGAGGGUAGUCAUCUGCGCAACCAUAGACAACUUGCUCAAGGGAGCUGCAACCCAAUGUCUCCAAAACAUGAAUCUCGCCCUUGGCUACUCGGAGUACGAGGGAAUUCCGCUUGAAUAG